UACAAAUUCAACCAGCACAACUUACAUUCGACCCUCAUCUUUCGCUUACUUUACGAACUCACAUAGGCCUCAUGUCUACUGAGAUUGAUGUGAAACCAUUUGAGGUGGAAUUCCUCGAAACGUUGAAGCAGAGCAAGUACUCAGUGGUUUUCAAAGUCCAGUUCCGGGAAAGAAUAUGUGUGAUGAAAGUGUAUCAUGAUAGAGAGCCUUCUGAGUUGGAUCCCCGUGACCGCGAAGUCAAUCUCUUUGUUUCUGAGUCUACCGCAUACCAUCGAUUAAAAUUGAAGGGCUUCUGCAAGAGGGGCGUUAUCCCAGAUUUUUACGGAACAAUUAGAAAGAUCCAACCAGCUGCUUGGCCGAAUCUUGAUAUGUUCCUUGACGACAGACUACCGCCCAAUGCUAUACUUAUCGAGUAUAUCCCAGACCUGCAGCAAAUAGGUCUAUCCAACUUCUCGAAAGAGCGCGUGGCUAAAUUUCGCGAGAUUCUCGGUGAUUUUCACAAGGCAAAAGUUCUCCACGGUGAUCCCAAGCCCCGUAAUAUGAUGGUAUCCUCAGCGUACGAGAGGGUAGUCUGGAUAGACUUUGAUUCUGCCCAAACUUUUUCUGAGGGUGAUCUUUCGCCAAGACAAGAAAAAUGGAUCAAAAAAGAGGUUGAAAUGGUAGACUACUUUGUUAACGCCUUAGCACAAGAUUAUGAAGAAGGCAGGCUCAAUCGCACAAUAUCGUAUUAUUUCGAAUGGUACGUGUAGGCAACAAAACACGCACCGGCUCAAUUCUGCCACUAUUAUAAAGCAAACUUCCGCUAUUGCCAGUAAGUAGUAUAUCAC